AUGACAAGGCCACGCUCAAGUACAACCGCGAGCCUGCCGAAUGGAGAACAGUCCACUGUCCUUUGCAUCUAUACAGGGGGUACUAUCGGCAUGCGACCAACAGCGCAAGGCUACAAGCCUGCCAAAAGCUACCUUUUCAACCAACUCGCCAGAAAUCCCAAGUUCCAUGACGCCACUGUACCCAUCACACAGCUCACAGCUGUCCGUCAUUCAGGCAGCGUCCAGCUCGAUGCCCUGACCCUGCCAAAGAGUUCCUUCGAGGGAACAGUGAGGUACGCUGUACUCGAGUAUGAGACACUCCUUGAUUCCUCCAGUAUCUCAUUCCAAGACUGGCUAAAGAUCACACAUACAAUCUUUCGCAACUACAAGCUUUUCGAUGCGUUUGUCGUACUACACGGAACUGACACCAUGUCCUAUACAGCUUCAAUGCUUUCAUUCAUGCUCGAGAACCUCGGGAAGUCUGUCAUUCUGACUGGUAGUCAGAUACCUAUAAGUCAGCUUCGCAACGAUGCGCAGGAGAACCUCUUGUCGGCAUUGAUCCUUGCUGGGCACUUUGUGAUCCCAGAAGUCAGCCUAUUCUUCCAUCACGAGCUCUUUCGAGGCAACCGAACAACGAAGGUCAACGCCAUUGGAUUCGAUGCGUUUGCCUCUCCCAAUUGUCUACCACUUGCAACAGUGGGUGUCGAUAUCACUGUCUUUUGGCCACGCAUCCACAGACCUACUGCUCAUGCAGCUUUCCGAGUGGCUGACGUCAAAGAAGCCAAUGUAGCGUCACUCUUCAUCUUUCCAGGUAUCCAAGCAUCCACUGUCCGUGCACUCGCAGGAGCCGCCAGCUUACAAGGUCUCGUGCUACACAGUUUCGGCAGUGGCAAUAUUCCCGACAACGCAGACCUCAUGGCAGCGUUAACAGAAGCCGCAGAUGCAGGGAUCGUUGUCGUCAACAUCACACAAUGUCUCGUGGGCAGUGUUUUGCCACUCUAUGUAGCUGGUGUUGCAUUACAAGCAAUCGGGGUACAUUCGGGCUAUGAUAUGACUGCUGAAGCAGCAUUGACAAAGCUCGCUUAUGUACUCGGUACGAAGGGAGAUGCAUCACUGCUUGGAAGGAAUCUUCGUGGCGAACUGACUUUACCGCGGGCAAAGCUAUUUGAGUCUCCGUCAACAGAGCCUGCGCCACUGCGACAUCGUCUCAGCGACUUGUUCUGGGCCAUACAGCAUGGGGACGAUGAUAAAGUUGCACAAGCUGUGAGCGAUGCAGAGGUCGUCAAUGCGGUCAAUGUUGAUGGUAUGACAGCUUUGCACUUGGCUGCGAAAGUCGGCAAUACGCGCGCGACAAGGCUUCUGUUGGAUGCCGGUGCUUUUUGCUUUGCCAAGAACGAGCGCGGGGAGACACCGUUGUUUCUGGCACUCACGGCGAAGCAUGCUGAUGUGAUUGGUGUUCUGGAAGCGUGCGGUGCGCACCUCAAUGCGAGCGAGCAAGAAAGACUCUAG